AUGGCGGCUGCAAUGGUAGCGGAGGCGAGAAAGGCGCCACGACCGGGGAAGGGAGGCUUUGAAGGCCAUGGCCUCACUGAAGAGGAAGCGCGCGUGCGAGCCAUUGCAGAAAUUGUGAAUUCCAUGGUCGACCUAUCUCAUAAAGGCCACAAAGUGGAUCUCAAUGCUCUCAAGUCCGCCGCGUGCCGUAAGUACGGCCUCUCACGUGCCCCCAAACUUGUCGAGAUGAUUGCCGCUCUACCUGACUCUGAACGAGAGGUUCUCCUUCCUAAACUUCGAGCCAAACCCGUCCGAACUGCAUCCGGAAUCGCCGUUGUCGCCGUCAUGUCGAAGCCUCACCGUUGCCCUCAUAUUGCCACCACUGGUAACAUUUGUGUCUACUGUCCUGGUGGUCCUGACUCAGAUUUUGAAUACAGUACUCAGUCUUACACAGGUUAUGAACCUACUAGUAUGCGCGCAAUUCGAGCAAGGUAUAACCCUUAUGUUCAGACAAGAGGUAGGAUAGAUCAGCUUAAGCGUUUAGGUCACAGUGUAGACAAGGUUGAGUUUAUAUUGAUGGGUGGAACUUUCAUGUCUCUUCCGGCGGAUUAUCGUGAUUACUUUAUAAGGAAUCUUCAUGAUGCUUUGUCGGGACACACUUCUGCCAAUGUAGAGGAGGCCGUAACGUACUCUGAGCAUAGUGCAACCAAGUGUAUUGGCAUGACAAUUGAAACGAGGCCAGAUUAUUGUCUUGGGCCUCACUUGCGACAGAUGCUUUCUUAUGGUUGUACACGAUUGGAGAUUGGAGUCCAAAGUACCUAUGAGGAUGUUGCUCGUGACACUAAUAGAGGACAUACUGUUGCGGCUGUAGCUGAUUGUUUUUGCCUGGCUAAAGAUGCCGGUUUCAAGGUUGUUGCUCACAUGAUGCCUGAUCUUCCAAAUGUUGGUGUUGAAAGGGACAUGGAAAGUUUCCGAGAGUUUUUUGAAAGUCCCAAAUUUAGAGCCGAUGGACUUAAAAUAUACCCAACUCUUGUGAUACGGGGAACUGGGCUUUAUGAGCUCUGGAAAACUGGCAGAUAUAGAAAUUAUCCACCUGAGCAACUUGUGGACAUCAUAGCAAGGAUCCUUGCAAUGGUACCUCCAUGGACACGUGUUUAUAGAGUUCAGCGGGAUAUUCCGAUGCCUUUGGUUACUUCUGGGGUUGAGAAAGGGAAUCUAAGGGAGCUAGCAUUAGCUAGAAUGGAAGACUUGGGAUUAAAAUGUCGAGAUGUUCGGACCAGAGAAGCUGGAAUCCAGGAUAUUCAUCACCAAAUUAAGCCAGAAGAGGUUGAACUUGUUCGUCGUGAUUAUACAGCAAAUGAAGGUUGGGAAACAUUUCUGUCAUAUGAAGAUACACGGCAGGACAUCCUCGUUGGCUUGUUGCGGCUGCGAAAGUGUGGCCGAAACACUACUUGUCCAGAGCUUAUGGGAAAAUGUUCUAUCAUUCGCGAGUUACAUGUUUAUGGAACUGCUGUACCAGUUCAUGGAAGGGAUUCUGACAAGCUACAACACCAGGGUUACGGUACGCUUCUUAUGGAGGAGGCUGAACGGAUUGCUUGGAAAGAACACAGAUCAACUAAAAUAGGUGUAAUUUCUGGGGUUGGCACACGCCAUUACUACAGAAAAUUGGGAUAUGAACUUGAAGGGCCUUACAUGGUGAAAUAUCUAUUGUAA